GUUUUGAAUUAUUCGAAUAGAUUUGAUCGAAUGAUAUUAUUGAACAUUAUCUUUCGUAAAUUGCAAAAAAAUUACAGUGAUGGCUAGUUGUGACGGUAACAUUGAAAGAGAAAGAAAGAAACAUAGUUGCAGUAGAACAACAGGUACGAAAAGCAGUCAAGAUACCACUUGUACACCAAUUUAUCGUCGUAGACGUAUUUCAAAAACAAAACAUACACCCAAAUCUCAUAGUUUACAUAAAUAUUCAUCGGAUUAUAUGACUGAUAAUGAUAUAAAUGAUCACGAAGACGAAAUGGCUUCGAGAAAUAGAAGUAAAAGGUAUGAAUAUGAAAGAAGUAGGAAGUUAAACGUAGAGAAUAAUCCUCAAAAGCAAUCAUUUGAUGAAGGUGAUGCCGAUUCAGGAAUAAUUUCAUCCAGAACCAGAGAUAAACAUGUGUCAAGGGACACGUUGAAAGUAGUUAAUGAGUAUCAUAAAUUAGAGAGGCGUUAUAAAAGUGUUCAAGAAGAAUGCCAAAAAUUAAGCGAUAUAUUGCAACAAAGAGAAUCAGAGUAUAAAAGAGUAUGUUCGCAUUAUGAAGCAUUGCUACAAAUGGUUCAAGAGUUAGAAGAAGCCAAAGUUAAUCUCAUUAAGCACAAUCAAAAGCUCGAAACAGAAAAGGUUCAGUCGAAUGAAGAUAUAACGCUUUUAAAGACAAUUGUUUACCAGUUAAAUUCCGAAUUAGAGAGAUAUCAGGACAAAUUGGGCGAACAAAAACAUGAAAAUAUUUCUGCGCAUGCAGAAACCAAUGAAAAAAGGUACGAUUCAAGGAAUUGGGGAGGUAUUAAUUUUCACGCGUUGGGUCCACUGUUGAAUGCUUAUGAAGAAAAUUUAUCAGAGAAACAGGAACUUUUGCAGAUGUACGAACAGGAAAUGGCCGAUUUUAGUAGUAGGUGUAAAGAAAUUCUUACGGAAAAUGAGAUUAUGCACAAAGAAGUAGAAGAAUUAAAAUCAGAGUGUGACAGGUAUGCAAAGGAAAUUAAAAAGUUGGUUGAAAAUACGGCAUCUUUAAAAAAACAAAACGAUAUUUUGAAAAAAGAAACGACAGAUGUGAAAAGAGAAACGAAUGAUAUUCGUUCGUCUUACGAAUUAAAAAUGGAAGUAAUAUUGAAAUGCAACGAAACGUUAAAGAAGGAACAUACAAUUACGGUAUCUGAAUUGAGCAAUCUACGAGGAAAAUACGAAGUUUUGAGCAAAGAAUUUGAAAAAUUGAAAAGUAAAGAAGAACAAACAGUGCCUACUGUUGUUCAUACCUCGGCUAUCGAAGAAUGUAAAACAUUAUUGGAUGAGUUAAAAUAUCAGUAUGAAAGUGAGAAACGCAAUCUUUGCAAUCAUAUAAAACGUAUAGAGGAAAACCAACCCGAAAACGAGAAACAACUAAUAAUGGUUAUAGCUGAAAGAAAUCAUUUAAAGGGCCUUGUUGAUAACCUUGAAACAAGCUUAAAGCAAACGCAACGAAGAGUUGAACACAUGCAAACUCUUGUUUAUUCGACUCGUGUCUCACGUAAUUCUUUGAAGGAGAAAUUAAGUAAAGUAACUGUUUAUUGCGAGGAAUUAUUUUCAGAGUAUGAGAGAAUCGUUGCAGAGAGAGAAAAAUUACUCACUUUUUUACGCAAAACGGAAAAAGACAAUGCAAAUAUGGAUCGUCUCGGUAGAAGCAUUACCAGUCGAGUGGAAGGCUUAAAAAGUCAAUUAGAAAUUGUUCGAAAAGGUACGAAACAGCAGGUAGACUCUGUGGAGAAACGUAUAAAAUCGCAAGAAGUUCAUGUGCGUCGGAUGAAACAUGAUUAUCAAUGUAAAAUACAUCAGUUAAACGGCGUGAUUAAAGAACAGAAAGACGUUAUCGAAAAGUUGCAAAAAGAAAGACAUUCCGGCCAAGAUAAUUCGGCAAAAUGAGUAUUUCAAUCAACGAAUGAUGAAAAAUUUGAACGAUUAUAACAUCGGGACAGAGAGAUUUUUAAUCUUUGAAUCAAGUUCGUAAAUCGUCGGCACGUUAUUAAAUCGGUGCUAAGAUCGUUUAUAAUAGAUUGGACUUUGAAACUGAUUUUCAACGAAUCUCACAAUAAGCAUCUAAUUAUGGAAUAGGUGCUACUCGAAACAUCGUCCUCGUAUUUACCGACCGUGUCAGUCGCUUUAUUUAGCAGUGACAUCAAAUGAAGCAAGUGGCUGCGAAGGCUACCGUCCUCCACCGUAUGAACGGCCGAUGGCAGUGGAGACUCUACUAAUCAUACGGUGAAAAGUUGAUGUCAUCCGUUAUAGGUAUGAUGUCAGGCGCGUUCCAUUCAUUCAUAUGUAAAAUAUACCUAUUCUAGCUUUGUUUUUUGUUUUUUUUUUAUAGAAUUUAAUAAUAAGCCUAAUGGAUGGACAGUAUUUAGAUAUUGACAUCUCAAUA